GUCUUCGACACGCCGAUGCUGACUGCCAUGCCACGAAGCGUUGUGAACCACCUUGUUCGUCAGACUGCCUUUCCCAAGCGCGCUGGCAAACCCGAGGAAUUUGCUCACUUGGUCACCUGCCUGCUGCAAAAUCCCAUGUUAAACGGAGAGGUGAUUCGUCUGGAUGGCGGUCUUCGCAUGCCACCCUGA